CCGCUAUAUUGGUUUCAGUGUGGAGGAGAUAGUGGAUGGGAUGACUGGUCUAGCCAAAAAUGACACCAACAAGAAGGUCCUGUGGGAAAAGGGAGCCGUUCCUAUACUUACAGAGAUUAUGAAAUUUGGAUCGGACGAAGAGAAAGAGUAUGCCGUGAAAUGUAUAUGGGAACUGUCUUUUGAUAAAACUAACAAGGAAAUAUUCAAUGAAAAUAAAGAGUUGCAACAGCUACUUCAGGAACUCAAGUCAUCCUCUUCUACAGGCGUUUCUAAAGCUGCAGCUGGAGCAUUGUGGGUGCUAGCUAUGGAGGAAAACAAUAAUACAACAUUAACAGGGGGUCUCGAAGGGAGGAGUGGGUCAUAUGGAGGUCAUGUGAUGAUCAGUUACCAGUGGACAGACCAGAAGCUGGUGCUGAAGAUCAAGGAAUCACUGCGCCAGAAAGGGUACAAGAUCUGGAUGGAUGUUGAUCACAUGGAGGGGUCCACGCUGCAGGCGAUGGCGGAGGCCGUUCAGAACGCUUCUGUUGUGUUGGUGUGUAUGUCGGAGAGGUACAAGCUGAGUCAGAACUGCAGGUCAGAGGCUGAGUAUGCUUUCUCGUUGGAGAAGAAGAUUGUCCCUCUUCUGAUGCAGAGGGCAUAUAAACCAGACGGAUGGUUGGGUAUGAUUAAAGGGACAAAACUCUUCUUCGACUUCAGCGGAAAAUACCCGUAUGAUCAGAAAUUAACUGAUCUUGUGAAGGAGCUUGGUGAACAUGGGAAGACUCAGCAGCUCACUGAUGAAAUUGAUGGUGAGACUAAGAUAGUUCCCGUUGUGAAAGCAGCUCCCCUUGCCGCUGCAAGAGGUCGGUCACUUGCUGACUGGUCAGUGAAGGAUGUCCAGAAUUGGCUCACGAAGACAGGAUUAACAAAUGACUCGUUGCUACGUAAAAUGACUGGGGAUGAUCUAUUGUUUCUGCGUGAAGUAUCUCACAGGGCACCCGAGUUUUACUUCAACUAUCUGCUGACUAAUCUUCAGCUGCCCUUUGAUGACCUCAAGAAGUUCAGCAGAGCUGUUGACAAGCUGUGAAUCAUUAUCCCAACUGUGUGAAGUUUUGGAUCUAAUGUAUAUUACAUUACAAACUCUCAGAUGUAUCACUGGACGAAUACGUGGCAUAGGUUGACUUGCAGAUAGUAAUACAUGCCUGUGUAAUUGACAUUGUGUCUGCUGCAUAUGACAACCUUCAAAGUCAGUUUAAUCAUGUUUGAUGUAGUACAAACA